GCGGCAAAGCGCUUCAACAUCGGCGCAGUCUGUCGGGAGGGCACUGUUCGCGCCACUCAGGGAACCGUUGAAUUACGCUUCGCCAGGCUAGAUUCGAACCGUCCUCUGCCUCAACUGAUGGGCAAACUCAAGUGCACGGCAUUAUCAGCGGAUGCCAUGAAGCACUGCAUCGUCCAACGCCCAUUCUCGAACAACACAGAAUUCGCCUUCUCAGUUUUCCUGCCAAAUGCGGGCGAGUACAUUCUACAAGUUUACGCCAGCGACCCCCAACGUGGUGGUGACUCCUACGUGAUGAUUCUCCAUCAGACGAAGGGUACCCAGGUUCACUUUCAGCUCCGGUUCCCGCACAGUGGAUUUUUCAAGCUGCAGCUCUACGCUCUACCUGUGAGAGAUGGCAGCAAUUCUCUGCCCAAAGUGUACAACUAUCUGAUUGAGGCCUCCGCGUACCAUCGGAUUCACGGUCAGGUGAUGCCUUUCCCUAAGCAAUUGGAUCACUGGCACCGAGGCUGCUAUCUCAAGACCCCAACUGAGGGCAUUCUUGGCCUGGGUGACAAUGGCAGGUUGGACAGUAAGCCUCCCAGUAGUCUGCCCUUCGAUGUUCGCGUACCGAAUGCCAUUGCCAUAGCCGUGGUCGUGGGUGAUAGAAGGACCAACCUGGACUGCAAGGGUGACCGCUGGAUGAGCAAAGUGCACAUGCAAAAACACUGGGGCACCAAGCAGAAGCUGACCGUCUACGCUAAAUACGCCGCCGAGGAUACCGAGUGCAGCCGUCUACUGGAGUACGCGCUAGCCAUGUAA